AGCGUUAAUCGAUAGACGCUUGUUGACAUCGGACAAUUUGUGAUCAGCGAAAAGUUCUCACAAAAUACGUGGCUUACGCAUCGUAUUUUCGCGCUAAUUCUAAAUAGUAAUGUUCUUCGCCAGAUAGCCGUUAAUUUAACAACACACAAUAUGUUGGCACUGUUGUUGCAAUUGUUUUGUUAUCUUGUCGCAUUCAUAUUGGCCACCGUGUUGUUGAUGGUGUUGGUUUUGUUAUACAAAACAAAACCAUAUCCAAUUAUAACACGACACAAGGAUGAAAAGUUCUAUUUGGAUCCGAAAACGAUAAAAACAAUUGAAUUUCCCAGUUUGGAUGAACCGCCCACCUUGGAGCUGAGCGUCAUUGUGCCGGCCUACAAUGAGGAGCAACGACUGCCUGCCAUGCUCGAUGAGUGCCUGAGCUUUCUCGAUGAGAAGGCCGCCAGAGAAACGGAGUUUAGCUAUGAGGUGAUCAUUGUCAGCGAUGGCAGCAGCGAUGCCACAGUUUCUGUGGCCCUCAAAUAUUCCAAGCUGCAUGGUGCGGAUAAAUUUCGUGUGUUGGAGCUUGUCCAGAAUCGUGGCAAGGGCGGCGCUGUACGUCUGGGCAUGCUCAGUGCCCGUGGCCGGCAAUUACUCUUCGCCGAUGCCGAUGGUGCAACGAAAUUUGCCGACUAUGAUAAACUGGCAGAGGCAUUGACCAGUUUGGCGCCCGAAUGGCGUCACGAUGGCAUCGCCAUUGGUUCACGUGCUCAUCUCGAGGAUGAGUCAAUUGCAACGCGUAGCUUUUUUCGCACAAUUUUAAUGCAUGGCUUUCAUACGCUUGUCUGGAUAUUUGCGGUGAGAUCGGUGCGAGAUACACAAUGUGGCUUCAAGCUAUUUACACGUGCAACCGCACGUAAACUAUUCAAUAGUUUGCACGUGCAACGUUGGGCCUUUGAUGUGGAGCUACUUUAUCUGGCUGAACGUCUCCGUCUGCCCAUGGUCGAGGUGGCUGUGCGCUGGACAGAGAUAGAUGGCUCCAAAUUGUCGCCAUUCUGGUCGUGGCUGCAAAUGGGCAUUGAUCUCUUUAUGAUUUGGCUGCGUUAUUUAAUCGGCGCUUGGCGCAUAGCUGCCAGUCAGAAGAAGGAGAAUUAAAAAAAAAUAAAAAAAGAACGUCAGCGACGAA